UGUGUGUCAUUGAUCCAUUGCGAAAACAAUUUCUUUUGUCAUUUUCAUUCUGUGUAUCCCUCUCUGUACGCUCUAAUACCUAAUUUACCUAUGUAAUCCUCAGUAUAAAUUUGCAGCGGGAACUAAAAUUUAAAAACGCAUUAUUUUAAACAAAUUACGAAAGAGAUCAAUAUAUUUUUCUCAAAAAAUGUUGCCUCGAAGGAAUGUUGCUUUCCGAAUAGAUGUUAUUCUUCAGAGUGUGAACGAGUUACGUGAAGAGAAGCAAGCUUUGGAGCAAAGAUAUACAGAGGAAAAGAACCGCUGUAGUGGUCUUGAAAUGAAGCUUGAACACGAAAGUCUUAAAUUUGGUCAAAGCAGAGAUAGAAAUUCCAAGAUGCAAGAAACGGUAAAGUUGGCAGAGAAAAAGGUUGGACAAACUGAGAAUCAGGUUGACAGAUUAAAUGAAAUAAAUGAUGGAAAGCAAAACAUAAUUUCUGAACUAAAUAGAAAAAUCAACGAGGAAAUAAUGCAAGAAGACGCGGACAUAAGAAAGUUUCAGACAAAAAUCACACAGCUAACUCAACAUUUCAGAGAUGCUAAACGGGCAAACGAUGAUGAUACUUUGAGAAAGGAAACACAAAAUUACAAGGAAAGUAUGAAAAAUGUUGCAAAUGAAGCAAAAAAGAAAAAAAAUGAACUCGAAGAUGUUACAAAAGCUUUUGAAAAUCUUUUGGUCGAUACAAAUCAAAUAAAAGAUCUCGUCGAUAAGAAAAUUGGAUACAAUGGAUUGACCUUAAAAGAACUGAAAGUUGCUAUAGACCAGAUAAGCAACAAACAAAACCAACUUGAACAAUUUUUUCAUUUCUUGGAAGCUUGUGAAUGUAAAGCAAAAGAUAAAGUAAAUGAUAUGGAGAGAAUCUGGCAGCAAGAAUGUCCAAUAGAACUGAUAAAAACUAUGCCUUUUGAUGGAAAUAAAGGUUGCUCAUUAACAAGGGAGGAGGAGCAAGGUUUUGGUGAUGAAAAACUUCCUCAACUUGAGACAUCGGUUCAAUCUUCAACCAUACAAACGAAAAUAAAUGUAGACGAAUGUUUUUCUACUCAAACACAAGUUCAGGAUAUUCAAAGAAACCAAAAAGAAUCUUCGAGUCGUCCUUGCAGCUCUACAGUUUACGAACCUUUUCUUUUCACUCCCAAUGUCCAACAUCGUCCUUUGAAUGAGAACAUUCACGAUUCAAGUGGUGAAGUUCCAAAUGAAAAUACCAUGUCUGGUUAUCGUGCUGCAUCUCGUCAAAUAACUUCAGUCGAUUCUCCAUUCUUUAUAUCACUUCCUUUUGCUCGAAGCACUCGUUGAAUUUUGAUGCAAAAUUUUUCAUUUUAAUCACGUUCAUCUCAUUCAAUUUUAAAAAAGUUCGGUUGAAUAUUUGUCUAUCAUCUUUUAUACCUAAAAUUUCUUUUGUUCAAUAAACUGCAAUUGCAGUGACGAUACAUUUUACGAUAAAACGAGUAUUUAUGGUUAAAAUAUUUUAAAGUACACCAAUGCAAUCACUAAUUCCCUAAUGGAUUAGAAGUUCAUGACGAAAAUCUCGAGUUAAAUAAAAUUGUUGCGGUCGUUCUAUAAA